AUGUCUGACGACAAGGGCGAAACCUUUGCAUUCCAAGCUGAGAUUGCUCAGCUUAUGAGCUUGAUUAUUAACACUUUCUAUAGCAACAAGGAAAUCUUCUUGAGAGAACUAAUUUCGAACUCCUCCGAUGCAUUGGAUAAAAUCCGAUAUCAGAGUCUGCAUCCGUGGAUCGUGACAGCCUCUUCGCAUAUGGGGUUCGAUGCCAUUCAACAUGAGAACGUGGCAGCACUGAACUCGUAA